AUGCCGUUCGGUUCCAGCCACAGUGUCCACAUGGCCAACGCGACCGACCAAGACAUCCAUGUCAUGGUGUCUCUCAAUCCCGACUGGGCCAUUGCUGAUUUUAUCACCGACAUUGGUCUCUUCUUAAUCGCCGUUGGAGAAAUCAAAGAACUGGUGACCGCUGUAGAGCUUCCGAAGACGAUCGCGACCCUCCGUGAUCUAUAUCAAUUUCUUAAAAUUACUUACAUGGCUCUAGGUGGGACAGCCGCUGCUGGCUCCCGCCCCGCAGAAGCCGCUUUGGCCCUCCAUAAUGCGAUCAAAAAGAACUCUAUCCUUAUUCCUGCUGGCGAGUACAAGCAGGUUAACGACAAGAACUGGUUGGAGUUGUAUCUCAAUGCAUCUGGGAUUGGAAGCCUGUUGAACGCGAGCACGGUGUCGCUGAUGGUCAUGAGUGGCGAUGGGAAGCAGUUUGCGAUGUAUAAUACCAACUCGGAUUAUUCCUGGAUCGCUACUGACGAUGAGAAGUGUGUCCGAGCCAAGUAUGGGUCAAUCUGGCAGCAGGACCCCGAAGCUGGAGAGGUGGCUUGGCCUGUAGGCGGCAACUAG